AUGAGGAAGGGGACUAAGAGCUGCACCGAGUGUCGGCGGCGCAAGAUCCGAUGCACAUUCCACCCAGAUCGCCCUGGAGUCUGCAAUGAAUGUCGAUCCAGAGGGACGAAAUGUAUCGACCAAGAGCACACUGUCAUUACCCCUCCACUAUCAGGUUCCCAGUUCUCCCAAGGAGAGCAACCAUACAGCCUCCGGGAACGAGUUGCACAACUGGAACAUCUUGUGGAGGGUUUGGCCAAACGAAUAGAUCAACGGAGCUCGCGCACUCCGUCUAGUGAGCGUCAUGAGCCAACCCAGUCGAUAAAAUGUCCGGGUAUGACAGAAACAUGUCCCCUCGAAGCCGAGUCAGACGAACUAGGCCCAUCCAGUGACCAGAUCCGAAAUGCGCCAGUUCUGCAACUUUUCGACAACUACCUCGUGAGCCGUCGCGAGGACUCGUCGAAUAACGAUAAAUUCGCCGGCGUCAAGGAUAUGUCGCCCAAGGCGCAUGCCGUGCGUGCAGAACUUCUGUCUAUGCUUCCUCCAACACCAGACGUGAACAAAAUCAUCAACGCGUCCUUCCACUGGUUCGUGUGGCAAGAUCAUUUCCCAGAGUUAUUCAACCGAAGGGAUAAGAGGCUUGUCGUUCUUGACAAUUGCAACGAAGCUCUUGUGGCACCCGCCGAAGUCGCAAAGGCACUCAUGUGUCUUUGCAUCAGUGCGAUUCAUGCUCCGGAAGACUUUUGUUUCCAAGGUUUGACUGAGCCAUUUGAUCCUCAGGUAUUCUAUGAUCGAUGCGUCACUGCGGUGGACCGUUUGAUCGUUCGCGACGAUGAUUUUGCGGCUACACUACCAGGGAUUGAAUGUCAGAUGUUGCUUUCCAAGCUGCAUUUGACCGAAGGCCGGCUUCGAAAAGCUUGGCUAGUGAAUCGCCGAGCGAUCGAAUUUGCCCACCUGGCUGGAAUGCAUCUAUCAACCAAGGUUCCUAGGCCAGGAGAUUCACUGUAUGAACGGCGUCUCAAGAUUUGGUGUUCGCUGGGAACAUCAGACAGAUCUCUCAGUCUCAUUCUUGGCUUGCCUUAUGGGGUCGCUGAGGGCUUCUUCUUACCGCAGGUUGAGCAACGUCUCAAUACGAAUAUUGCAGCCCCAGAGGCAUACUUGCUCCGUAUUGGUAUAAUCACAGGACACAUGGUGGACAGAAUGCAAGAUCCAUCCAAUAUGUCCCUCGAAGCAACAAUGCGACUGGAUCAGGAACUACAGGACUCCUGGAAAUCCAUGCCCAAUCAUCUCCGCAGUGCGGAUCCUUCUCCGGGCGAAAAAAGGGAGCAUUACCUCGAAAGGGUUCCACUGCAAUUUAUGCUCAAACUACUCCGUGCUCUUCUUCAUCUUCCUCUGAUGCUACAAUCCCCCCACAAACCUCAAUUCAGACCCUGUCAUUCCAUCGCGAUCGAGUCUGCACGAGAAGGCUUGAUGCUGUACAAGGUGCUCCGAUCAACAAGCAAACCGUACAUGUGCAAGAUGAUGGAUUUCAUGGCAUUCACACUCUGCAUGCUUCUGAUCGUUCAUCUGCAUGGUUACUCUGAUGAAUCGCCGGACCACAGCACAGAGCAAGACGAGAAAGACUGGGGGCUGGUAGAAAAGGUUGUCGAAAUUCUUCGUCGAGCGGCAACAGAACCUGGAGGCUCCGUUGCCGUCGAGUCCGCGAAUAUUCUGGGUGCCAUCUUUGAUACUAGGGGGAUCAAGCCAGACUGGAGCAACAUGACAAGCUGCAAAAUCACUGUGCCCUACUUUGGCACUAUUACAGUGGGCGCAGGAACCAAAUUCUUCAAGGGUUCUGCCAAAAAUAAAGACCAGGAAUCGACUAUAUCAAAUACAGCGGGAACAGAAGCCUCUUGCCCCAGACAGCAUCCCUCUGUGCCCUACACGCCGCCCAUUUCUGACCCAGAAGGCCCCUCGACCACCAACACCGAGGCCCUAGAUGACGACAACCUCACACCGUCCUUGGGACCUGGGUAUCCCGAUGAAUCUUGGCUUCCAAGGGGAGAGCCACCGGGAAACCCGUUUGUUGGCUUGGAAGUCAACGCAUUUAGUGGAUUGUUUGAUGAUUUCGGCCAGUACAUGUGGCCUAAUCCUAAUGUUGAUCUUGGACUUGAUCAGGGCUGGAACCUGAACUGGUACGAUGGAGUGCCGCCUCAAUGA